CUCCGGUCUUCAUUAUCAGCAGCAGCGCUCGCGCACGGUGUCCUCUGGUCCUCUCACCUUAUAUUACAUCAUUAAUACAAACAAACCGAUGUGCUGUCGUGCAUCUGCAUUGUCUACGUGACCGUUUCUGUUAUUAUACACGGUUUAAGGAAUGGGUUGCCAGAUUAACUGAUUUAUUUUUCAGCAUCCGUUUGUGUCUGGAGGGCUUUUUCUCCUUCAGGACGCGACAUCCAGGUUUUUUCUACAUCUUCAUUUGUCUGAAAAGAAACACCACUUAAUCAUCUGAAAUGGGGUAUGGACGCUCAGACAGCUACCGUGUGGCAACCACGCAGGACAAUGAUGAGAAGGAGUCUCCUAAGAAGAAGGGAGGGAAAGAUCUUGAUGACCUGAAGAAGGAGGUGCCACUGACAGAGCAUAAGAUGUCCAUUGAGGAAGUAUGCCGAAAGUUCAACACGGACAUUGUGCAGGGUCUAACUAAUGCUAAAGCAGCUGAGUAUCUGGCCCGGGAUGGUCCAAACGCACUCACUCCUCCACCCACGACCCCAGAGUGGGUUAAGUUUUGCCGCCAGCUCUUUGGGGGUUUCUCCAUCCUGCUGUGGAUUGGAGCCAUCCUCUGCUUCCUGGCCUACGCCAUCCAGGCAGCCACAGAAGACGAACCGGCUGGAGACAACUUGUAUCUGGGCAUCGUUUUGUCUGCUGUCGUGAUCAUUACCGGAUGCUUCUCCUACUUCCAGGAAGCUAAGAGCUCAAAGAUCAUGGAGUCCUUCAAAAACAUGGUGCCCCAGCAAGCAUUAGUGAUCCGUGAGGGUGAGAAACUGCAGAUUAAUGCUGAGGAGGUGGUAGCUGGAGAUUUGGUGGAGGUGAAAGGAGGAGACAGGAUCCCUGCUGACCUAAGGAUCAUCUCGGCUCAUGGAUGCAAGGUCGACAACUCCUCACUGACAGGUGAAUCAGAGCCCCAGACCAGAUCACCUGACUGCACCCAUGACAAUCCUCUAGAGACCCGCAACAUUGCUUUUUUCUCAACCAACUGUGUGGAAGGUACAGCUCGCGGCAUCGUGGUGUGUACUGGUGAUCGGACCGUAAUGGGACGCAUUGCCACACUGACCUCGGGUCUUGAGACGGGGAAAACUCCCAUCGCCAAAGAGAUAGAGCACUUCAUCCACAUCAUCACGGGCGUGGCUGUUUUCCUGGGAGUCUCCUUUUUCAUCCUAUCCAUCAUCUUAGGCUACAGCUGGCUGGAGGCCGUCAUCUUCCUCAUUGGCAUCAUUGUGGCAAAUGUCCCUGAAGGACUUCUCGCCACUGUCACUGUAUGUCUGACCCUUACAGCUAAACGCAUGGCUCGUAAGAACUGCCUGGUGAAGAACCUUGAAGCUGUUGAGACUUUGGGCUCCACUUCCACCAUCUGCUCAGAUAAGACUGGCACCCUGACACAGAACCGCAUGACUGUUGCCCAUAUGUGGUUCGACAAUCAGAUCCAUGAGGCUGACACUACUGAGGACCAGUCUGGAACAUCCUUUGAUAAAACCUCUGUGACCUGGGUGUCUCUGGCCCGCGUGGCUGCACUCUGUAAUAGGGCGGUGUUCAAGGCAGGUCAGGAGUCUCUGCCAAUUCUCAAGCGGGACGUGGCUGGUGAUGCUUCUGAAUCAGCUCUGCUAAAGUGUAUUGAGCUCUCAUGUGGCUCGGUCAAAGCCAUGAGGGACAAGAACAAGAAGGUGACUGAGAUUCCCUUCAACUCCACCAACAAGUACCAGCUUUCAGUGCAUGAGACCGAGGAGGGUGAUGAUAACCACUACAUGCUGGUGAUGAAGGGAGCACCAGAGCGUAUUCUGGAACGUUGUUCCACCAUCAUGAUGCAGGGUAAAGAGCAGCCCAUGGAUGAGGAGAUGAAAGAGGCUUUUCAGAACGCUUAUCUGGAGUUGGGAGGACUGGGAGAGAGAGUCCUGGGUUUCUGCCAUGUGUUUUUGAAUAAGGAUCAGUACCCUAAAGGCUUUGCUUUCGAUACCGAUGAUGUGAACUUCCAGACAGAUAACCUAUGCUUUGUUGGACUGAUGUCUAUGAUCGACCCUCCGCGUGCUGCUGUGCCGGAUGCUGUUGGGAAAUGCAGAUCAGCUGGAAUUAAGGUCAUCAUGGUCACUGGCGACCACCCAAUCACAGCCAAGGCCAUCGCCAAGGGAGUAGGAAUCAUCUCUGAAGGCAACGAGACAGUGGAGGACAUCGCCGCUCGUCUUAAUAUCCCCGUCAGCCAGGUUAACCCCAGGGAUGCGAAAGCAUGCGUCAUCCACGGUUCGGAUCUGAAGGAUCUGACCCAAGAGCAGAUGGAUGAAGUUCUAAAGAACCACACCGAGAUCGUCUUUGCCAGGACCUCCCCACAACAGAAGCUUAUUAUCGUAGAGGGCUGCCAGAGACAGGGUGCCAUCGUGGCCGUGACUGGUGAUGGUGUAAAUGACUCUCCUGCUCUGAAGAAGGCAGACAUCGGUGUGGCCAUGGGAAUCUCGGGCUCUGACGUCUCAAAGCAGGCAGCUGACAUGAUCCUGUUGGACGACAAUUUUGCCUCCAUUGUCACUGGUGUGGAAGAGGGGCGUCUGAUCUUCGAUAACUUAAAGAAAUCGAUCGCUUACACCUUGACAAGCAACAUUCCAGAAAUCACUCCCUUCCUGUUCUUCAUCCUGGUUAACAUUCCUCUUCCUCUCGGGACCAUCACCAUUCUGUGCAUUGACCUGGGUACUGACAUGGUCCCUGCCAUCUCCUUGGCCUAUGAAGCAGCAGAGAGUGAUAUCAUGAAGCGUCAGCCCCGUAACCCUCUGCGAGACAAACUGGUUAAUGAGCGUCUCAUCAGCAUCGCCUACGGACAGAUCGGGAUGAUUCAGGCUCUAGGAGGUUUCUUUGCCUACUUUGUGAUCAUGGCUGAGAACGGCUUCUUGCCCUCAUUGCUCGUGGGCAUUCGGCUUAACUGGGACGAUAGAUCCAACAAUGACCUGGAGGACAGCUAUGGCCAACAAUGGACCUAUGAGCAGAGGAAAAUCGUGGAGUUCACUAGUCAUACAGCUUUCUUUGUGAGCAUUGUGGUGGUUCAGUGGGCCGAUGUCAUAAUCUGCAAGACUCGUCGCAACUCUGUGUUCCAGCAGGGCAUGAAGAAUAAGAUUCUGGUCUUUGGCCUUUUUGAAGAGACAGCUUUGGCCGCCUUCCUUUCCUAUUGCCCUGGCAUGGAUGUGGCCCUUAGAAUGUACCCACUGAAGCCCAGUUGGUGGUUCUGUGCAUUUCCUUACAGCUUCUUAAUCUUUGUUUAUGAUGAAAUUAGAAAACUCAUCUUGCGCAGAAACCCAGGAGGUUGGAUUGAAAAGGAGACCUACUAUUAAAUCUUCAUCUUCUUCCUUUACUUUUCAUUCUGACCCUAUUUGCCUACACAGUUCACAGUUUCUCUCUCUCUCUCUCUCUCUCUCUCUCUCCCCCAAGAGAAUAAGCAAAACCAUAAUAACACCCUGUCCUAUUACCUUCUUUCUAGUAAUAAAGUAAAUUAAGAAAAAGAUGCCAAUAAUGUGUGAAACCCAACAGUGAUAGAGAGAAUGAGAUUGUGCUCUUUUCUCUUCCUUCACUCUCUUUCUUUUACUGUGACUGAAACACUACCGCUGAUUUUUUUUGACAGUCUCUUCUUCUCUGUGCUGUUUAUUGAAAACAUUCAACACUGUCAAUGUUGUACUGAAUACUAGUGACACUGAUGAUUCCUGUCGUAAUUCAAGUCGUGACCAACUUAGGACACACAUGUCCUGUGCACACACUGCCAUUUAUUUUUACCCCUUAGACGCCCUGUUUGUCCUCCUUCACUCUCUCUUUUAAUCUCUCUCCCACCUCCUUCUCUACAACCUUCUUGUUUUCUCUGCUGAAAUAUAAGUGUAAUGAAACAGCUACUGCCUUUCAGUCGUCAAAAGAAAUGAUGACUCUCUGGUCUAUUAACUGCUCCCAACCCUGCGGCCUCUCUCUUUCUGCCACUGUGUUGUUGUUGUUUUGUUAUUUUUCUGUUCAGAGUUGCUCUGAGUGCUGUCUUUUUUUUCCCUUCUUACAUGACAAGCACACUGCCAUCAUUUCGAUCCCAACUCACCUCCUCCUGCUCUGACCUAAUGUCCCUCUCUGUCUGUAUGUUUGUGUGUGAUUACCCACAAGUCCCUGCACCUCUUUCACCUCUCCUUCUCUCCUUUCAAGAAACGACGAAAAUACAGGCUUUGUGUGUUUUAGGAAUCCAGUUUCAUUCUUUAAAAUAAGUGAGGAAAAUAUAUGAAAAAAAUAAAUAAGGCUAUGUACCUUACCUUCAAAAGAGCAGAAAGAAAAUGAAAUAAAAAAGAAGAACCUUC